AUGGGUCAGCAUGCAGAGAGUAAGUAUCAGCGCAGUCAUCAGCAGGGCAUCUACAUCAAACCCCCUCCUCCCAAGAGCCAGAGAACAUCCAAGAAGAGGGAAAGAAAAGAUUUGGCCACAAAGGAUGUCUGUGGCAGAACUGCCCAUCUGGAGCUGAUGGAAGUUAGGAAUGUCACUGAGUUUGUGCUCCUGGGACUGACCAGCAACCCUCGGACCCGGGUGCUGCUGUUUGCACUGUUCUUGGUGAUUUACCUCUUGACCCUCUCGGGGAACCUGCUGAUGCUGCUGGUGAUCGGCUCUGAUUCCCACCUUCAUACCCCCAUGUACUUCUUCCUGAGACACCUCUCCUUUAUAGAUGCUUUCUAUUCCUCAGUCAUUGUGCCCAAGUUGCUGAGGAACCUGAUUUCUGAGUGGAAGACUAUAUCGUCCCUGGGGUGUUUCACUCAGAUCGCCCUGGUCUUAUUUUCUGGGGCCACCGAAGCCUGCCUCCUUUCUGCCAUGGCCUAUGACCGGUUCCAGGCUGUGUGUCACCCACUGUUGUAUGUGGUCACUAUGAAUGGAAAGGUGUGUUCUGGGCUGGCAGUUAUAUCCUGGGCCACAGGAAUCAGUGUCAGCCUGAUUAACACCCUCCUGCUAGCUCAAGAGCACUUCUGUGGCCCGAACCUCAUCCACAGCUUUGCCUGUGAGAUUCCUCCCAUGCUCUCGCUGGUCUGUUCUGACCCCCACACUACCGUCACCUCCAUCCUUACAACCAUGGUGAUCUUAGGUCUUGGUACUCUUGUCCUACUGCUGGGUUCCUACAGCCGGAUCAUCAUGACAGCCCUGGGCAUCAGCUCCGCCACAGGUCGCAGCAAGAUCUUCUCCACAUGCUCUUCACAUUUCCUCGUGGUUACCAUCUUUUACGGUUCGGGAGUAUCCAGGUACAUGACUCCAGCGUCUGGUUCAGCCCUGGAGCAAGUGCUGUCUUUACAGUACAGUGUGGUGACCCCGCUGCUAAACCCCCUUAUCUACAGCCUGAAAAACAAAGACGUAACGGCAGCUCUGAGGAGGAUGCUGACCAGGAGGUCCAGGCUGCCCUUGUAG